AGCACCCGAGGGCGCGUUAAUAUGACGUAUAUAUUGAAUCUCGUUCCACUUUGUUAAAGUAGCAUCCUUCCUUACCCCUCGUUCUCCAAAGAACACAUUGUUUACGAGUUAAUCAGCACUGUUUUCUACUGUACAUACGUUUUAUUAAGUAAUUGUUUCAUAGCUGUUGUUUUAGUUUAUUUUUCAGUGCCAGUGUUACGGUUAUUACAACAACAAGGCGGCACAGCUCAACGAAGCGGGACGCGGCCCAGCGGCGCCACAGUUUGAAAUCUCCAGCUCGUUGUUCUCUGUUUUGUGUCGCGUUGAUGUCUCGUUCACACUCUUCUCUCCGGUAAAUCGGUUUAAAAGCCCUGAUCCCGGUGUCGUUAUGGGGGUUCACGGCCUGUGGUCCAUCGUGGAGCCGGUCCACGAGUCGGUGCCUCUGUACAGUUUGAGCGGAAAGACGCUGGCUGUGGAUCUGAGCCUGUGGGUGUGCGAGGCCCAGCACGUCCAGGCCAUGAUGGGGAGGGUCACCAAGCCCCACCUGAGGAACUUGUUCUUCCGGGUGUCCUCUCUCACGCUGAUGGGGGUGAAGCUCGUCUUCGUCAUGGAGGGAGAAGCCCCCAAACUCAAAGCAGAGACCAUGAGCAAGAGGACGGGUGCGAGAUUCGGGGGAUUCAAGAAGACCUCUGCCCCCAAGUCUGCAGCGAGCACCAGCAGGGGGCGCUUCAAUGCUGUGCUCAGAGAGUGUGCAGACAUGCUGGACUACCUGGGUGUGCCGUGGGUGACGGCUGCUGGGGAGGCCGAGGCCAUGUGUGCCUACCUGGACUCCCAGGGCCUGGUGGAUGGCUGCAUCACCAACGAUGGAGAUGCCUUCCUGUAUGGAGCCCGGACUGUCUACAGGAACUUCAACAUGAACAGCAGAGACCCUCAGGUGGACUGUUACCGGACCUCUCGUGUGCAAACAGAGCUGCAGCUGUCCAGAGAGGACCUGGUGGGUCUGGCCGUCCUCCUCGGAUGUGAUUAUAUUCCUAAGGGAAUACCAGGUGUUGGUAAAGAGCAAGCGCUUAAACUUAUCCAGACACUGAAAGAACAAACACUUCUGCAGAAAUUCAUCCAGUGGAAGGAGGAUAACACCGAUGUGUCUGAGCGAGUUGUAAAAAAAGUUCCUCACUGCCUCCUAUGUCGACAUCCUGGCUCAGCGAAAACACACGAGCGCGGCGGCUGCGUGCUUUGCGACAGUAAACGUUUUUGCCAACCUCAGGAUUUUGAUUACCAGUGUCCCUGUGACUGGCACCGCUACGAGCAGACCCGCCAGGCUUUUUCUCUGGAGGUUAAUAUCAGGAAGAAAACCCUGGCAAGUCAACAGUUCCCUUUCACAGAGAUCAUUUGUGAGUUUCUGGUUUCCAAAGAUAAGCCUGUGGCCCAUUUCAAGAGGAGACAGCCAAAUAUACUGUUGAUGCAGAAAUUUGCCUAUGACAAGAUGGAGUGGCCCAAGCACUACACCAGUGAAAAGGUUUUAGUCCUGAUCACCUACACAGAGUUGAUGAACAGGAAAUAUGGAAGAGGAAUGUCCUCCCAGAUCAAACCGCUCAGAAUAUGGAAACCAAGAGUGAGGAAUUCCAUCGCUUGCUUCGAAGUUAUCUGGAGCACACCAGAGCAUUACGUGUUUCCUGAGGAUCGGCCUGCAGAGGAUCAACAUGAGGUGAGGACAGUAGAGGAAGAGUCUCUCUUUCACGUGGCUUUCCCAGAGGUGGUGGAGAGCUACCUGAGAGACCAAGCUCUGGCUGAAGAAAACAAGACAAAGAAAAAGAAACCAAAGAGUAAAAAAGAGAAGCCAUCUGAUGUCUCUGACGGCAUCACAGACCUCUUGGCUCAGAUGUGCCUUCAGAGUUCUUCCACUCAACCACACAUGCUGCUUCCCAUCAUUUCAAACACAGAACAAACAGAAGUGGUGGAUCUGUGCACUCCAGUGAACCACACGCAGCAUAGAAAAGUAAGAGAAGACCAUAUCAGAGUGGGUGACUGCCCCAACACUCCUCUGUCUCAUCCAGAAUCAGAGGCUGCGGCUUCACCGUCUGUCUCUGCUGUUAUUGAUGCGCUACACCUGAGUGAUAUUGACUGGGAGGCUCCGUCCUUCACGUCCUCUCCACCUCCACAAGUGGCUAAAAACCACGCCACUGAGCCCCGGCUAAAUAAAUCCAUAGAGGAAACAGAGGUCAAAUGCACCAAGCAGGAAAACUCAAGUGAUGUCAGACAAGCAGAUUCAAGAUCUGCUCCGGAGCUGUGUUCCACAGAGUGUCCACUGAGGGACAGGGUGCUCAUGAGGAAUGCGGCCAAAGCUAUAAACCAGCAGAUACACGACGAUGCGGUCUCAAAACGACUAAAUCCUGAGUUAGCAUCUGUCGAAAACAUUGCUCCUCACAACACCAUCUCAAAACCAAACCGACAAAUCUCCAGUAAAGGUGGUGGUGACGGUAAAUUGACUGAAAAGGAAUGUGAGGUCAAAAACACAGACCCGCUCAGUAAUGGAAGUCAGUGUGCAAAGAAGAAAGCAGAAAAAGAAACUCGUGCUUUCAAUCUUGCAGCACAAGAUCAACGUAAAGUCAAGGACAAACGUAAUCAUUCCCAAAAGCCUCCCCAGAAAUAUAAAUUUGUCAGGUCGGCCCUUUCAUCAUCCUCUGCCCCACCACAGAGACUCCACUCUGACCCAGGUCCACGAGACAAAGACAGGGACGUGCCACGGACCACCAAGAAGAGUGUUUGUUUGAGCGUGUGUUCAUCCAGCGAGGACAGCGACACGGAGAACCGGCGGUUUGAACCUCGGGGCAAAUCUCAGAUGAAACCCAUAAACAAGAUGAAAGACGGUGACAUUAGAGGCAUCUCGUUGAAACCACUUUCUGGACCCAAAACGACCAAACAGACGGUGAAACCGGCUCAUUGCCAUCAGCUAGGACCAAAAUCUCAGAGACACAGUACAGAUGUCGAUAUAAACACAACACCUGUAUCAAUGAAAAGCAAAUGCCAGGAUGCGGCAUUGGCGACUGUGGAUGGCGAUGUGCUGCCUCUGAGUCCAGCUUCACCGGUCACCGUGUUGGACGAUUCAGUGAUUUGUAGUGACAGUCCACUGCCACUGGCCGAGAGGCUGAGACUGAAAUUCCUGAAGUGAGCAGCGUGGAUGCAGGACGAUGGACAAGGACACUUAAGUUGUGUUAAAUGUGAACAGUUUUUUUUAUGAUUUAAGAAAUUAUUUGAUAAAAUAAUAAAAUUCAUUCAAGGUC